AUGACACACUGUACAGAUGGAGUACAAAAGCCUUGCGAGCAUACAGAGAGAGUGCAAGCUCCUCAGAGCAGCAUUUCAACGGCUGCAUUGCUUCGGACAUUGUUUUACAUACUAGUGUGGUACACUUUCAGCACAUGUUUGACACUGUAUAAUAAAACACUCUUAGGCGAUAAAUUGGGGAAGUUCCCAGCUCCCUUCUUGAUGAAUACUAUUCAUUUUGGCAUGCAAGCCAUUUUAUCCAAGGCCAUCGUGCGAUUCUGGUCUCAAAAGUUGCAACCUGGUGUAAAAAUGUCAUGGAGGGAUUACUUUCUCAAAGUUGUACCAACGGCUAUUGGAACAGCGCUGGAUAUAAACCUGAGUAAUGUCUCCCUUGUUUUCAUCUCUGUCACAUUUGCCACUAUGUGUAAAUCCGCCUCUCCAAUAUUUCUCCUUCUGUUUGCUCUUGCAUUCAAGUGA